AUGGGAGGUGGCGAGCAGGCUGCGCUGAUGGUGCAGAACGCUACGGGGAUUCACUUUGCACUCACCAAUCAGUGUGAUCAUGCUCGAGAGGCCUUUUCGGCCCUACAGUUGAGCCCGCUCUUCUCUUCUGCUGUGUGUCAGUUCUCUGACAUCAGCAGCUUGCUUCAGCCCUGGUUAUGGGGUGACCUUGGCUACGAUGAACAGCUUAAAGCUUCCAGGGGCCAGAAUUGCCGGCCUGCCGCCGCGGAUCUGGACAUAUCCGGUCCACACUGCACGGACCACAGCAAACUAGGAAGAAAGGCUGGCAAAGACGGUCCGACAGCACGCUUCUUCCUGUCUUACAUGCAAGAACUGCGGGAGCGACGCACAAAAUUGGCCGUGAUUGAAAACGUCUCCAGCGGCGACUUUGCCGACAUGCUGACGGGCAACCUCCGGGAUAUUUACUACAUCGAAGAGAUUCGCGCAGAUCCUCGGGACGUCGGAUAUUUUGCUGUAAGCAGGCCUCGCAGCUAUUUCGUAUUGGUUCAUCGUGAACAAGGGCGUUUCUUGCGGAGCCCGCGCAACGUCUACUCGGAGAUCUGCUCAACAUUGCAGCAGCAGAAGGACUUGCGCAUCCCACAUCUCUUCUGGGAACGUGACGAAAUGGAAUUGAGGCGUGAACGAUUUGCAAGCAUACCUCAAUCUCGGUCAGAUGAUGCGUCGGGGUCAGCUUUCAGCGAUCAGCUGCCCCCCUUCGAAUGCAAACAGCUAGAAGGGUACAAGCGCAUGUGGAAGGAACACUGUUCCGACAAGCCGGCAGAUGAGGCACUCUUUGUCCUCAACCAGGACUGUCAAAAAUACACCAAAUGGACGUUGUACGGCACGGACAAGGAAGCGGGGCGGUGCCCCACGCUGGUGAAGGGAUGUGGCACGACGCGCUUGUGGCACAUGCAGUCAGAGAGAUGGGCAACUGCUCGGGAGAAGCUCCGAACCCGCAUUGAUGCAGCAUGCAAGGCAAACAAAUAG